AUGGCGACCAUGUCUGCUCUUCAGAGCUCUUUUACUUCACUUUCUAUUUCAUCCAACUCCUCCUUCCUCGGCCAGCGUCUCCUUUCCCCGAUUUCCCUCUCCGUCGCUUCUCCGUUAGAUGAAUCUUUAAUUACUCUGCUUAUCGUUUGUACUCAUUGCAGGUCAAGCCCAUCGAGAACCCAUGUCUUGUUUUUGCAAAGGUUAGUUCGCAGAUCCGUUACCUCAUACUAUUGGUUUCCGAUUCUGUAUUAUCCUGUUAAUAUAGUAGCUUUGAACCAGAAGACACCAAGUGUCAACCUUUCUGGAUACAAAUCUAUGGAAUUUACGAAUGAGAACGAAGAUGAAACUGUUGAUUCUCAUUCCUUGAUACUUAAGUGCAUCACCGUGACUGUUCUUAUGCCGCUCUUUUUUCAGCUUAAGCGUUGGGAACGAAAAAAAUGCAAACCAAACAGUCUUCCGAUUCUGCACAAAAUGCAUGUCAAGUUUGGAGAUACGGUCAAAGUAAUAUCAGGACGAGACAAGGGUAAGAUUGGGGAAGUCACUAAGAUCUUCACCCACAACAGCACCAUAGUGAUCAAAGACAUAAACCUCAAGACGAAACACAUGAAGAGCCGAGAAGAGGGAGAGCCUGGCCAAAUUGUCAAGAUCGAAGCACCGAUCCACAGCUCAAAUGUGAUGCUGUAUUCAAAAGAAAAGGAGGUGGUAAGCAGAGUGGGUCACAAGGUCCUUGAAGAUGGACAGAAGGUAAGAUAUCUGAUCAAAACAGGAGAACUCAUCGACACCAUUGAGAAGUGGAAGCAACUUAAGGAGGCAAAGGAUAAAGAAUCAACCCAAGUUGCAGUUGCUUCCGCAUCUUAG